GCUGGUCCGUACACCCGUGUGGGGUGAGUUGUUUCCAAGAGUAAACCUUCUGAGUGCUGAGGAGAUACCACAUUUAAGGUGCAGCGUGUCUUCGCCAAAGCAAACGACAGGUAAACAGCCACGCAGAGAAGUGCGUUUCAGCCGUAUUUGCCAGAAAGGCUGCUGUGCAGAAGGAGAUCACUGAGGCACCGGGCGUCGGAACAGGCGGAGUGCAUCGUGAAGGGUGGGAGGGGGGUCCAGGCGGCCGGUGUGGAGGCGAAGCCGCUCUCCUACCUGCCAGGCCUGGCCACGCGGCGGACUGUGAACUCGAGGACUUAGAAGAUGGUUCUCAUCACUUCAGACUUUUCUCUAUCUCUUGGUGAAAAUGUCUGUGUUCUUAGGGGAAAAAACGUAUUUAAAUGAAGCAUUAGACUGCUGAGCAGUGAAUAAGUUGAAGUAAUUACGUUGUUUUCUUUGAAAAGCUUCGGGUCUAGGAAUUCAUAAGAAUUGAUAGAAAGGCCAGGGCAGUUGCCACGUUGAAAGACAUUUGCAUUUUCCCGUCAGGGACCGAGCUGGAGGUAGUUGGGUUCACACCACGGCAAGCACAAGAGAGACGACUCUUUUGUGAUGAGAUUUUAUGUAGUUAGAGGAUUAUUUGGGGCAUUUAAAAAUACAUGAAAUACUAGGUCAAAAGUGAGACUCGGUAAGUAUGUGGUUUCUCCAGGCCAGGGAUUCUUAGCCUCGGCGCUUGGACGUCUGGGCCAGAGGUGUCUUUGCUGUGGGGGACUGUGCUGGGGCAGGCGUAGCACCCCGGCCUCCACCCGCCAUGUGCCUGCAGGACCCCCCUACUCGUGACAGCCAGCAACACCUCCAGACGUUUCCUGAUGUCCCGAGAGGCGAAAGCGCCACGCCGAGAACUGCUGGCCUGGGGAGGAAUUCCCCUCAGCGGGUAGGAGGGGGACAGGCCACCACGCAGCAGAGUGGCUCCUGUGUGGGGUGCCUUUCCGACGCUCAUGCCGUGGUUAGUGACAUCGGGUUUUUAGAGUAGAUUGGCUUAGCUUCCAUAAUUUAAACAGUCGCAGGCAGCUUUCCAAGACAUUUCUCUUAAAGUACGAUUCCAAAGCAAAAUUUCUAUGACAAAUUACAAGCAUUUCGUUUUUAAGUGGUGUAGUGACAGCCAGGGAAGUGACGUCACUGCUGCGGAACUCUUUCUGCCAGCAGAGAGUGAGGAAGAAGAUGCCAUCGAAAUGGAAGUCGAAGACCAGGAUAGCAAAGAAGCCCAAAAACCAAACGUCAUAAACUUCGACACCAGCCUGCCCACGUCACACACGUACCUGGGCGCCGACAUGGAGGAGUUCCACGGCAGGACGCUGCAUGACGACGACAGCUGCCAGCUGAUCCCCGUGCUGCCGCAGGUGGUGGUGGUCCUGAUCCCCGGGCAGACCCUGCCGCUGCGGCUCUUCAGCCCCCAGGAGGUCAGCAUGGUGCGCGGCCUGAUCCAGAAGGACCGGACUUUCGCCGUCCUUGCGUACAGCAACGUCCAGGAAAGGGAAGCCCAGUUCGGGACGACGGCGGAGAUCUACGCCUACCGGGAGGAGCAGGACUUCGGCAGCGAGAUCGUGAAGGUGAAGGCGGUGGGCAGGCAGCGGUUCAAGGUCCUGGAGCUCAGGACGCAGUCGGACGGAAUCCAGCAGGCCAAGGUGCAGAUCCUCCCCGAGUGCGUGCUGCCGCCCACCAUGUCCGCCGUGCAGCUGGAGUCCCUCAGCCGGCGCCAGCUCUUCCCCUCCAAGCCCGUCUCCCGGGAGGACCAGUGCUCUCACCGGUGGUGGCAGAAGUACCAGAAGAGAAAGUUUCAUUGUGCAAAUUUGACUUCAUGGCCUCGCUGGCUGUAUUCAUUAUAUGACGCUGAAACUUUAAUGAAUAGAAUCAAGAAACAGCUGCGUGAAUGGGAUGAAAAUCUAAAAGAUGAUUCUCUUCCUGCAAAUCCAAUAGAUUUUUCUUACCGAGUAGCUGCCUGUCUCCCUAUUGACGACGCGUUAAGAAUUCAGCUCCUUAAAAUCGGCAGCGCCAUCCAGCGGCUCCGCUGUGAACUGGACAUCAUGAACAAGUGCACGUCUCUCUGCUGUAAACAGUGCCAAGAAACAGAAAUAACCACCAAAAAUGAAAUAUUCAGUCUGUCCUUAUGUGGGCCGAUGGCGGCUUACGUGAAUCCUCACGGCUACGUGCACGAGACACUGACCGUGUAUAAGGCCUCCAACUUGAACCUGAUAGGCCGGCCUUCCACAGAGCACAGCUGGUUUCCCGGGUUUGCCUGGACUGUUGCCCAGUGCAAGAUCUGUGCAAGCCAUAUUGGAUGGAAAUUUACAGCCACCAAGAAAGAUAUGUCACCUCAAAAAUUUUGGGGUUUGACUCGAUCUGCUCUGUUGCCCACGAUCCCAGACACCGAAGAUGAGAUAAGCCCAGACAAAGUAGUACUCUGCCUGUAAACACAUACGGUUGGGGGUAAACUUAUGUAGCAAGUUGGUAUUCUAAAAUCAGAUCUGCUUUGGAAAUUACUGCUUCUGAUGCACACCUACGUAAAAAGCAACAUUCCAUGGAAGGUUGCAGCUUCUUAGCCAAACGGAAUUUGAAGGUCUGAGCUGAAAUGCACUGUGGAGGACAGAAAGCAGCCGACACUUGGUGGUCGGAAGAUGGACUGUAGCUUGUUGCCACCACCCCAGGGAUCAGGCCGUCAAGACGUCUCUGAAAGACAGGGGACUGUUUCAGAAGUGUUUGGAAUUCCCGUAACGCCAGGCUAGCCACUGGCCGUGACUUCCGGGGCGCACGUCCGCGCCAGAGCGCCAAGUGGCAGAAAUUCCGCGAGCCGGGGCGCCCGGCACGAGUGCCCCUUCUGAGAGAGGCAAGGAAGUGUACGCUAUUUUAAAAGGGCUUUGCUCCUUUCAACUUAGUUCCCCUGAGAUACUGGUUUGUAAAUUUUGAAAAUAUUAAAAGAGUUAAAAUAUGCAUUGCGAGCCCCAGAAUAAAGUUUUCAUUGUCUUCGUGUUUGUUAGUUUAAAAAACAGUUUUGUGUGUUUGCUCAGCGUGUGUUUGAACUGUAUGUAACACUGGUGGUUCUGCUCCAGUUCAAUCUGAACCUAAACUACCGUGGGGCACAGAUGCUAAAACGUUCCCCUCACACGGACUAGAAGUGACUGUCCUUAGGCUCUCCUGUUUGUGUAAACUGAAGAGAAUGUGUAAGUAAACUUUAAGAGCAAAACCAAAUCAAACAUGUUCUUUGUUUAAAUAAUGUAAAAUAUCCACUCAUAAGCAGAUAAUUUAGGUAUAAGUAAUUUUUGAGAUAAAGUUCUAGACAGA